AUGACGCCGCAGGCCUGCGCCUCUUCUUCUUCCGUGCGCGAGAAUGGGCAGGACGAGUGCUUCCUUGAUCCUUCGCAGGCAGUCGAUGCAGAGUUCGUCCUUCCGCGGGGGGAGGGCGCGGAAGACGACGUCUCGAUGAACGAUGAAGGCCCAGAAGACGACGAGGACGAUGGCGACGAGGUGGAUGAAGACGAGUCAGGGUUUCCCGCGGCUCCUCCAGGCUGCCGCUGGGUGAUUGAGACUCCUGAGGGAGAGUUUCUUGACAUGGAUGAUGCCUCUGCAUCCGUUUGCCCCGAGCUUGUCGCGGAGGCCUCUCGGCGCCUCCGCGCGACCUGCGAGGGCGCCACAGACGCACUGGUCGCGGCCGCCUCGCUCUCCUCGCCCUCGCGCUUCGGCGGAAGACCGCUCGUCGCACUCGGCUCAUGCGACGACAAAUGCAGACUCUACUUGCUUCGUUCUUCUUCCCUCGUUGCGGAAGGACGCGAGGCUCUUUCUGCGGACGCGGCGGCGGGCCCUCUCGCGCUGCAGCCCAGCGCCGUCCUCAGCGAGGGCAAGGAUACCGUCUCUGCGACCGCCUUCUCGUUCGACGGCAAACUCCUCGCCUGCGGAUGCUUCGACGGGGACGUCCGAGUCUACCUGAUCCCAGCCGACGAUUCCGCCGCCUCCUCUUCGUCUCCUUCUUCUUCCUCUUCCUCUUCUUCUGCGUCCGCGUCUUCCGUUUCGGCGGAGGCGUUUCCAGUGUCGCUGCUGCACGCGCUGACGGGCCCUGCGCAGGACGUGACGGCGGUGGCGUUUCAUCCGCGGGGCUACGCGGUCUUAGCGGCGUCCGCGGAUCAGACGGCGUGGGUGUGGCUGCUUCCUGCGUCGCUCUCGAGCGCGAAGCGCGCCGCCGCGCCGGUCGUGCUUUCUGUCUUUGUCGGCUCCGCGCCGCUGACGGCCUGCGCCUUCUCCGCAGACGGCCGCAACUGCAUCGUCGGCGCGGAGGACGGCAGCGUGAGCGUCUACGAGGCUAAGAGCGGUCAGACGCUUUUCGCCUUCGCGCACCCCGCGCUGAAUCCGCAGGUGCAGGACCCCGGCGCCUUCGUCCCGCGCCCGCAGCUCCUCGGCUUCGGGCGAGACGCCGCCGCCCCUCUACGCGCCGACGGAGACGCGGAGGAAGACGCGGAGACCGCGCGCGGCGUCGUCGCCCUCAAGCUCUUCGCGGGCGGCGCCGACGAGGCCGCCGCUGCGGCGGGGCUGGAGGGCCUCGUGUGCGUCGGCUACGAGGACGGCUGGAUUCUCCUCUUCCACGAGAAAACGGGAAAAAUCCACUUCGCCUCCUCCGCGCACCUCGGCUCCGUCGAGGCGGUCGAGUUCGUCCCGCCGCCCGUCGCGGCGAGCCCCGCCGCCCCCGCCCCCGCGACCCCGACCCCGACCCCGACCCCGACCCCGACCGCGGUCGCGGCCGACGAGCUCGACUCGCCGCUGGGCCUCGAGUUCUUUGCGCCGAGCCCGCGAGCGGACCGCGCCUCGCGCGUAGGGGCGCUCGCGGCCUGGCGUGAGCAGCUGCAGCAGGGCUGCCUGGUCACCGCCGGCCUCGAGGGCGGCGUUUUCGUCUGGAGUCUCUCGCAGAAGAAAGUCCGCGCGUCCCUCUCGCUGGCUGCGCUCUCGCGCGCGGCCUUCCCGGCGCUCGCCGCCGCAGCCGCGAAAUCUGCAGAGGGCGCAGAGGGUGAGGCGCGGGCUGCUGAAGAGGGUCCGGCGCUCUUCGCCGCGGAGGAGGGCUUCACGCGUAUCUGUCGGCACCCGAGGGGCCUGCCGCUGGCGCUGGCGGGCACGACGGAGGGGAAGUUGGUACUGCUUGAUCUGCGCCGCGGCGAGCCGUUGAGCGUCUGGGCCGCCCACGCAGGCGCCGUGAUGGAAAUCCGCUCCCUCGCGCGGGGCGCGCCCGGCGAGCUGCCGCGCGAACGCGAGUGGGAAGUCCUCAGCGCCGGCGAAGACGGCCUCGGCAAGCUGUGGAGCUUCGACGUACUCGAAGAGCUCAGAGGAGGCGCCUCGCAAGCGUAG